UAGCCAAAGGGAAAGCUCUCUGUAUUCCCACCCAGACCAGAGGUUGAAACAGUAUCAGAGCGCCUGAACAGCUUCUCUUAGCUACUAGCUCCAUCUCCCUGGAGCCAGAAGGAACUCUGAAGGUGGCCCCAGAGCCAGGGCCUGGAGCAGUAGGUCUCCACACGCUGGGGAAGACGAUCCUGCUGGAAAAGCCACGGCUGAGAUCCAGCAGCCCAACAGAAAGAGGAGCAGGGACAAAGAGGAGCUGGUGCUGAGGGAAGCUGCGCAGAGCCACAUGAAGCUUGUGGGGGAACUAGGAUCAGAGAGCAGCAAGCCGGCAGUGCCUGAGGAAAGUGCAGUCACCGGGAGCCACUGACUCCCUGGGGGAACCCCUAUUCUUGUUCCUGAACUAAAACUCUUUUCCCAAAUAUCCAGAAUGGUGAUCCCCAAGUUGAUCUGGAUGGGUUUCUUCUGCCACCUGUGUCGAGGCUACUUUGAUGGUCCCCUGUACCCAGAAAUGUCUAAUGGGACUCUGCAUCAUUAUUUCGUGCCUGAUGGAGACUACGAGGAGAAUGAUGACCCAGAGAAGUGCCAGCUGCUCUUCAGGGUGAGUGAUCGCCGGCGCUGCUCCCAGGGGGAAGGGGGCCAAGCCAGUAGCUUGCUGAGCCUCACCCUUCGAGAGGAGUUCACAGUGCUGGGCCGCCAGGUGGAGGAUGCUGGGCGCGUCCUGGAGGGCAUCAGCAAAAGCAUUUCCUAUGACCUGGAUGGGGAAGAGAGCUAUGGCAAGUACCUGAGGCGAGAGUCCCACCAGAUUGGGGAUGCUUACUCCAACUCUGACAAGUCCCUCACUGAGCUGGAAAGCAAGUUCAAGCAGGGCCAGGAGCAAGAUAGCCGGCAGGAAAGCAGACUCAACGAGGACUUCCUGGGGAUGCUGGUCCACACCAGGUCAUUGCUGAAAGAGACACUGGACAUCUCUGUGGGCCUCAGAGACAAAUACGAGCUGCUGGCACUCACCAUCAGGAGCCAUGGGACCCGGCUAGGUCGACUGAAAAGCGGCUAUCUGGAGGGUGGGGGGCAGAGGACGGGCUAAAUUUUCCAUUGUAAAUGUUUUAUUUUAUCCAAAUUUGCACUUUCAGAAUGCGUCUGAAGUUGUCUUUUCAAAAGAAAGAAAACUUUAAAAGGUUGCAUUAUUCUGAUUCUGGUUUAGUUUUGUGCAUUAUUUAUGUUAUUACUGAGGAUUAGUAAUCCCAGGUGUAUUUCCUAAAGAGCUUAAUAGCUCUACAGAAUCACUUCUGUCAGCUCCAUCUAAAAGGUGUAUUUUGUGUGCAAGGACUGAUUAACCUUCCUCACCCUGAAGACUGUAUGGACAAACCGAGGGGGGACUUGGUGGAUGGUUCCAUGGCUUCUUCAGUCUUCUCUUUGGUCUCUUUUUAGAUGAGGUCCCAGGUGUGUUGCACAUUUGCCAGCCAAGAAAGUUGCUUCAUUCUCCUCUAGCUCUUAUUUAUUUACAUGUUUUAAGUUGUUUCUGUUUUGUUGAAAGAGUGUUGUUGACAUCUUAUAUGCAAAUUGCCAGCAGUAAGAUGUUCAAGGUUCCCUGUGGGUUUGUGUAAGUCAAAGAUGCAGCAUUUAAGACAGCAAAGCUUUGGGGCAGUUGUCCAGUCAUGAUGUGGAUUUGCAGCAUCUUUCACUGUACCAUCAAAGGAACACACCUCUUAAUGUCUAUGAUUUACGCUGCCAGUGUAUUCUUUCUUCCAGGGGUGGCAGAGAAUUGAUUCUUUUUGCUUAUUGGAUAUUUGUAUUUCAAGGGGCAUGGGUCUAAUUCUAGAAACCCCUUAACCUAAGUUUUAUUAUUCAGCCAAUAAAUAUGUUUUCAUAUAA